UUCUAGUUAUUAAAUAUUUAAAUGACGCCUGCUUAUAUAUUUUUUUAUUUUAAACUCCAGGUAGAGGUGAAAUGUAAAAAAAGGUUUAGAUUGGGGUCAAUUACGUCAUGGCAAAGAUGGCCGCCUACAUGGUGGAGAGCGGGGAAGAUGUUUUUAGGAAGAUGUUCAAGUUUUAUAAAAGAAGAGACCCCCCACCCGACCUCAGGGGGGUUGUCGACUUUUCCAGCGAACCGCCGGCGGACAAGGUCGCUCCGGCUCACCUGGACGCGGCUGCGGUGAGCGACGAGGAGGCCGCCCGGGUGGGACUGCGGCCCGUCAGAGACUGGAGAGCCUUCAGCCUGCAGGGCUUCCCGGGCUUCAUUUUCAUCUCCAACCCUUUCCUUCGGGGCUCCCAACCCUUCUGGGUCAGGCAGUGCUUGAAGACCUACCCUCAAAAACCAAACGUCUGCAACCUGGACCUGCACAUGUCUGCCUGCGACACGCAGGACAUCUGGGCUAAGAGUGCACCUGUCCUCAGAUCUCCGUCCUCUGGAAGGAAUCAACCAAAGACUCUGCUGGAGAAGCUGCACUGGGUCACUCUGGGAUAUCAUUACAACUGGGACACCAAGACGUACUCCGCCGACAACCACACGCCGUUUCCGGCUGACCUCCAUUCGCUGUCGGCCCGGGUGGCCUCGGCCUGCGGCUUCCCGGGCUUCAGAUCCGAGGCAGCCAUCCUAAACUACUACAGACCCGACUCGUCUCUGGGGAUCCACGUGGAUGAGUCUGAGCUGGAUCACACGCGGCCUCUGCUCUCGUUCAGUUUUGGGCAGUCGGCCAUCUUUCUCCUGGGAGGCACCCGCAGACAGGACCCCCCCACCGCCAUGUUGGUGCACAGUGGAGACGUGAUGGUGAUGUCUGGACAGAGUCGCCUCCUCUACCACGCCGUCCCGCGCAUCCUCCCGACGCCUCGGGGGCACGGCGCCCUCCUGGAGGACCUGCGCCCCGCCUCCCCCCAGCAGGCGGCGGCCAUGUUGGAGCCGGUUUCUGAGGAAGACUGGAUGGCGUGCUCCGUUUAUAUUCAGAAAUCCAGGCUAAACAUGACUGUUCGACAGGUGCUGGGGGCGGGACAGAGCUUCCCGGUGGCACCGCCCUCCUCAGUUACAAGGACGGAUAAAAGUGAGAUAGGCGGAUACCACGAUGAAGACCCUGGGAAGAGGAAGAGGAGUGACAGCGACUCUGCAAAUGAGACGUGAAGAAGCCAGAUGUCGUUAAAUGCUGACACUUUAAUCUUGUGGCUUUUGUUUCUUCUGAAAGAUGUCUGCAGAGUGAGGAAGAUGUUUAAGGCAGUCAUGAUGAGGAUUUAUAAGAUCAUGCAGUUCAGCUUUACUGAGGAAGAUGUGUCAGAAUGUGACUCAUUUUUAAAUCAGCGAUAGGAACAUGUUGUUUUCAUCUUUUCAAAAAACUUGCUAAUUUUUCACCAGUUUGAAAACUUAAUAAAUAAAAUAAAAAACAAAAAUCUUGCAAAAAAUACUAAUA